AUGAAGAUCGCUGCCGUUCUUACCCUGGCCAUUGCCACUGUUCUCGCACUGCCCGUUGCCGAUGACUCCACUGCGUUGGAGAAACGCUGUGGCACCGCCAAGCGCGACGAAAUCAACGUCGCAGUUCGGUCCGCCGUGAACACUGUCAAGCACAAGCGAGAGCUCACGGAGAUCGAUGUGGAUGAGAUUUCCGCCGCCCUCUACUCAUGUUUGCGGAAGAAGGAUUGGGGAGCCUAUGGUCACGGACCUCAUGAUUUGAACAAGAGAUUAAGUGGGGAUCUGGAGUGGAAGGGGGUCGGAACAUUGGGAAUCCGGAUGCCCCUGUUACCUACCAUCUUUGCGAGGCGAUUAGAAGCUGCAGGCAUCAAUAUAACAGGGUGGUAG